AUGCCUUCAACUACACCCGCAGACAAUAGUUUCGUCACUCCUAGCAAGACUGUUGAUGUUUCUGGUGAAAAUCCUGAGGAAACUGACAAUACAGUUGAUGAAAAUGUUGCCGCGGCACUUCCUCCUGUGGUGCAUGACAAAUUCACCAAACCGGAGGCGUUGCUCAUCACAAAGAUUGUCUUUAA